AUGGAGAAUGAGAGAUGUGUUUCUGAUGCUGCAGAGAAGUCCCCAAAUGCCUUUCCAGUCUGCACACAUGCAGGAGAGCUCUCCGCUGACUUGCAGCAUUUCACUGUUCAUGUAAUCUUCCUCCGCUCCUGGAUGCUGUUUGGUGGCAAUCUUGUGCCCAUUGAGAGCAGUGCCUGCACUUCCACUGCAGUUGACACCAGGUCCUCGCAAAGAAGAGUGGAAAUCUUGCUUUCCUUACUCGACAAAACCUCCUGCAAGAGCGUGGAGAUCAACUCCUCGAUGCUCACUGUCAUCACACGCACUUGGCAAGGCAGGCCUGACACUGUCCUAUUCACCUCUGGAAAGCAAGAGUAUCCCGGUAAUUAUCUGAAAGAAAGAUCACCAAAAACACAGGUAUCUAGCAUGAGAGAGAUAAAAAAACACAAUUUUGUUUUUACAGGUAUCUUAUCUCUGAUUGGAAACAGUAUUCUUUUGUUUAUUGCACUCAGGAAAAGACACAUGCUUAAACCGGCUGAAUAUUUCAUUGUAAACUUAGCCAUCAGUGACCUUUCAAUGAUCAUAACUCUAUUACCACUGGCCAUUCCAUCAUUGUUUGCACACAGAUGGUUGUUUAGUCAAAGGUGGUGCAAUUUUUAUGCCUUCUGUGGUCUGUUAUUUGGAGUCUGCAGCCUUACUAAUCUGACAAUGUUGAGCAUUAUCUGCUGUAUGAAGGUCUGUUACCCUCUAUAUGGGAACAGGAUUACAUCAGAACUUGCUUGCCUCCUGUCUACCUCUGCUUGGGCAUAUGCUUCAAUAUUUGCCAUUUCUCCUCUAGUAGAAUGGGGCCAUUAUGGACCUGAGCCUUACGGGACUGCUUGCUGUAUAGAUUGGAAAGCACCAAAUUCAGAUGCUCAGGCAAUGUCCUUCAUCAUUGUACUCUUUGUCUUUUGCUACAUUGUCCCCAGUGGUAUAAUCAUGACAUCGUACACGCUCAUCGUGCUAACGGUAAAGGGUUCAAGAAGAGCAGUACAACGGCAUAUGUCCCCACAAAGAAACUUAAACAAUGUCCACAAGUUAAUUGUAAAGUUGAGUGUUUCUGUGUGCAUUGGAUUCUCAGCAGCAUGGACACCAUAUGCAGUAACAGCCAUGUGGGCAGCACUUGGCAACGCUGAGAAGGUUCCACCAUUAGCAUUUGCUCUGUCUGCUUUAUUUGCAAAGUCUUCAACACUAUAUAACCCCUUUGUCCACCUUAUAUUUAAACCAAGUUUUCGGAAUUUUCUAAGGAAAGACUGUACACAUCUACUCAGUCUCUGCAGGAAACAGUGUGGACAUUGGAACAAUGAAGUGGACCUUACUUUACAAACAGCUUGUGAUCCGAUCACGUUGAAUUCCUUCAGAGAUCCAAAUAGUUUUGCACAUGGACAUGAUGCCUGCAAUACAUGCACAGACACAGUCGAAUAUUUCAGUAACAAUACAAAAUCUCAAGGUUCAGCAGGAUCGACUUCCAAAGCUGAUCUUCUUAUUUCAAGUGAUGAUAGUCAAGUACACAGGACCACCAAAGUAACUACACUGGUGAUGCUAACUGGAAGUAUAGCAUCGUCAAUCGAUGAUAUUGAAGUAUCAAUAAAUGUAUUGCCCACCAAGCAGAUCGACGAUCUCACUUAA